UAGUGCGCACUGCUGUCGUGGCUGUCAACCACAUAGGCAUGAAAACUUCGGUUUUCCCUACGAAAAGUAAAAAGAAAAUCAAACGACAGUAUGUUUCUCCAAACAUAAUAACAACCAUUUUGUGCAUUGUGAAGAAAAAUGGAGAACUGCAUCCAUAACCAGGCAUACAAAAGGAGGACCAAUAUUUCUGCAGAAUUAUAAAUAUGAUUUGUUUUUUGUUUUUUUUUACCGUACUGCUUAUCAACAAAAUGUAACAUUUGAAGAAGAUGUAUUACGGAGAUAUCUUUACACAUUGGGAGGAGAAAAAGCAGUGAAAGACCAAUAGAAAUUAGACCAGACAUCUUCCUACAGUCAAGAUGGGCAAUGUAGAAGCUCAUGACUUUGACCCUGUAAGACCAGAUGAGCGCAAAGAGUUAAAUUUGAGCAGACAAGUAUCUUUCAAACAGUUCUGCAAGCAUCUUAAUGGAGAAGUGCAUGAGUCCUGUUUGAGGGAACUGCCAUACAACAUACGUGACUCAGUGUGCCUUUAUGAGAUCAUGAAAGCAGCCUUUAAUAUGCUUACUGAGGUACCCCCAGAGUUACCACUGAGACUUCCACAUCUUCAUUACCUGGACCUGAGCCAUAACCAGCUCACAGAAAUUCCUCACAGUUUUGGGCUACUUUUCCACUUGAAGACCCUUUUGCUUCAGCACAACCGACUACGAGCUUUGCCUGAAACAUUUGUACGUCUUGUCAAGCUGGAAAAGGUUGACUUGUCUUAUAACUUGCUACGAGAGUUGCCAGAGGAUCUUGGUUACAUGGAAAAUCUCCAGCGGCUGAGCGUGUCACACAAUAAGCUGAAACACCUGCCUGUGUCACUUGGCUCAUCCAAAAAACUGCGACUGCUUUUGGCAGAAAGAAACCGCCUAGAUUUGCCUCCACAAUCUGUCUGUGAUGAAGGCUCAGAAAGUACCUUGCAGUAUAUAAGAAAACUGUACCUGUCCGCACAAGACAAAGAGCCACCAAAGCCUGUGGUAUCUGUGAAUGAAUUUCCUCGACGUAGGAGCAACCAGCUUCAUAGUCCUGUGUCCAACCCACAUUCAGCUCACAUGCAGUAUAUUCAGGAACAGACCUACACCACAAACACACCCAGCAGAAUCAAAACUCCUUUGAUGCCUCCCCUAGAGGCAUCUUCUUAUGAUGCUAUUGAACUUCGUGACAGAAUACUUGGAUUAAUAUUUGGGGCAGCUCUUGGUGACAUUGUAGGACUGGCUACUCGAUGGAUGACUCGUGACCAGGUGGCCUUCCAUUAUGAUGUAGACAUGAUACAGUUCACAGAUAUUAUCCGUGAUGAGCAUCGUGUGCCUUGGUAUCAGGGGGAUUGGUCCAGCAAUUUUGAUGUGUUUAUGCUGGUUCUUGAUUCUCUCAUCAACUGGGCGGGUGUGGUGGAUGAACUUGACUUUGCCAAAAGACUUGUUGCAUACAGAAAUCAUGGUUUCCCAGAAUUGGGAGACUCUUCAGGUGUUUUACUUAGCACUGUCAUGCAGCAGGUGGUCUUAGAAGAAACAUUUAUGACUGACCCUCAUGGCACAUCAGAAAGGGUCCUACGGUUAGGCAGAACAGCAGAAAAUGGAGUUGCUGGGAGUGACUCUGAGAGCAGAUCUUCCAGCAGCCUGAGUUCCAUCAGUGACAAUGAGAGUUUUCAAGUGCAUGAGUCUUCAUCAUGCAAAGAGUUUGGCACUGACAAUGGUAGCAUCAUUCGAGCUGCUGUUUUGGGCAUUCCUAACUUCCAUGAUUUGCAGGAAGUGGAAGAGAAUUCCAUCCGCAUUUGCCGAGCUACGCAUGCUGAUCCUAGGUGUCUUGCCAGCUGUGUGUUUGUCUCCCUUCUUGUGGCUAAACUGCUGCAAGGUCAUGAAAGGGAGAUGGAGACUACAUCUUAUGAGCAACAGAUCAAAGAAGCACAAGAGAGAGCUGCAGCAUAUCUAACAGAUGUUCAGCAUCAGGAGCAUUUCUUGGCAAGUCUGCAGGUCACACAGUUGUCACAGCUGAAAGCUCGAGAGAAAGACAACAUGAGUCACACAUACAAGCCUAUGAUGGCAGCUGUCUUGGCCUUGGGCUGGCAGGGAACAUUCUGUGACUUUGUGAUGCAUCUAGCCAGAGAGGGUGGUGACAGCAACAGCAAUGGAUGUGUAGCUGGAGCCGUGAUGGGAUUUCGUACUGGGUAUAGCAAGUUGCCAAAAACCUGGUUAGAAGGCUUACGACCCCGACAGGCUCGUUGGUUGAAUCUACGAGUAAAUCUGCUUUUGGACAUGAUGGGUUUACCCUGAUAAAGGAUUUUUUGGUUGAUAACUGGAUGAGGACAGCUGGUUGGAAAUCAUUGAGAAAUGAGGAAUAUGCUGUCCUGCCUCUGCUGUUGACUGAGUUACAGGACCAGGACAAGGUGAUAACUGUCUGGACCAUGUAACUCUUUGUUGAGCCAUCCUUUGCUGUUGUGCUGUCUUCACAAUGUUCAGGGAGAGUCAGCAGUGAUCACUUUUGAUAAACAAGGUGCUUUCUUUUGAGAUGCUCUUUCAGCAUCAUUGUUGAGUUGAAAAAAAUGUUUAAGAUUUCUGAAAUGACUUUGUUCGGAAAAAGUUCACUUGCAUGGACAUAUCACUGAUUUGUUGGUUUGUAGUUGAUACCUGGAAUAAAAUCAAUAGAGAAGGAUGCUGCUGUGUUCUAAGUUUCAAAAUAACAGUUCCAAACUUUGGCAUUGUACCUUACAACAGAUAUUAAAUGUAUUGAUAUAUUUUGACAAUUUCUGAAUACUUUUUUUUUAGCAAGACUGCUAUUUUAAGAAAAAUUUAUGUUACAUGCAACUGUCAGUACAUUGUGAAAAUGUGUGUGCAUACUUGUGGGAUUUGCUAGAAUGUGUACACGAGAGAUGAAGAGAGAGAUCUCUGCAAAAAUGUAUGGACUGAUUAAUAAUGUGAUUAUUCAAAUCUAUGCAGUCAUCUGUUAAAUUAUGGUAAUUUACUUCAAGUUUAAACUUCAGUUGCUGGUCUGCUGAUAUUGCUAUAUGACCUAAGCAGAAAGGUGUCAAUGCAGAAUUGUAGCCCAUAUUUACUUCCUAAAUUCUCAAAGGAAUAUUCAAACUGAAAGUGAUUUGAUUUGACCAGAUCUUAAGCUUCAUUAUUUUUUUUAUUAGCCAAAAGUAAAAUUCUGUAGAUGAUUUACUUCUUUGGUGUGGCUAAUGCUUGCGUGUAGUUAGUUUAGUCCUUGUUAAUCCUUGAGGAGCAUAGGGCCGCAACCUUCACCUGCAGACCCGGUUUUGGGCAUCCCCCUUCAGUUGGGCUCCAACGUCCUUUGCCUUGCUUUCUACUGUUCUUUUC